AUGGUUCGGUCACUCCAUCUAAAUUCAUUGGUUGGACGUGAUGAGCCAUUGGGAUCCGAGGAAGUGGAUCAGGCCGAUCUACUUACCAGGAUACAGCAGGCUAAGAGUUUGGAUGAGAACUUGCAAAAAGUGGCUCUUGACGAUAAGAUGGAGUAUCAGAUCACAAGCAACGAAACAAUCUGGGUGAAUGGCCGAGUAAGUGUUCCAAACAGCAAGGGGCUUAAUGAAGAGAUUAUGAGUCAGGCUCAUAAGUCAAAGUUCUCAGUCCACCCCAUGCUGAAUAAGAUGUAUAUGGAUUUAAAAAGGUACUAUCACUGCGUAAGGAUGAAAACAGCCGAGUGGGUGGCGAGGUGUCCUACUUGCCAGCUUCUGAAGGCCGAACAUCAAGUGCCCAAUGAGGCAAGGAUGAAGGCCGAGUAUCCUGAGUGGUAUGAUCAGGUUGUCCCCGAGGAAACACAUGAUGAGGAUUCGAGGACGAAUCCAUCCCAAGUGGGGGAGACUUCUCAUGUCCCUAGUCCGAGAUAG